AGAUGUAUAUGAUAAUAAUUUUGAUAUCAGUUUGUAUAUAUAAAAAUGUGGAGCCACACUGCAGUUUCUAAUUUCAACGGUCAACCACUUUCUUCAACCUUCAACUAAACCCUAACGGCACUCAAACUCUCAUCAACAUAUAAAGCCAAACAAUAACUAAUCCGUUGAAUGACCAGACAAAUCAAUGGCGUUUAAUGCCAAUCGACUCGACCCCCAAUCGGCGGCAGAGAAGGCCGUCUCGGUGAUCGGUUUUGGCUACGAUCUCUCCUCCGAUAUUCGAAUAUCGGCCUGUAGACCUGGUCCUUCCGGUUCGAGACUGAUCGAGCUCGAUCGGAGUCUGACCAGAGACCUCGUCGUCCCUGGUGGAGUCGUCGUCCCCAACGUAUCGACGGUGAUCAAGUGCGAUAAAGGAGAGCGGACUAGAUUUCGGUCUGAUGUUCUUUCUUUUAACCAGAUGUCAGAGCAAUUGAAUCAGGAACUCUCCUUAUCUGGUAAAAUACCCUCUGGCUUAUUCAACGCAAUGUUCAGCUUCAGGGGCUGCUGGCAAAAGGAUGCACUUGCCACAAAAAGUCUUGCUUUUGAUGGUUGGAUCAUUACUCUUUACAAUAUUGAGUUAGCAAGAUCCCAGAUAACGUUGUCGGAGAAUGUGAAAAAAGAAGUGCCUUCUACAUGGGAUCCUGCUGCCCUUACUGAGUUUAUUGAAAAAUAUGGAACUCAUGUUGUUGUUGGGGUAAAGAUGGGAGGUAAAGAUGUAAUUUACAUUAAGCAGCUACAAAAUUCAAAUCUUCAGCCAACUGAAGUGCAGAAAUUGUUAAAGCAACAAGCUGAUGAAAAAUUUUCUGAAGAUCUCAACGAAAGCUUCGCACCAAAUUCUGACAAAUCAUCAGGAAAGUUGAAGGAUCAACGCUCUGUAGUCUGGGAUCUCCAUGUACCAUUUACAAGUUUAAUGAGACCGUCCAUCGUUUCUCUUUCAAAAAAUGAUGAUAUAUUAAGCAUUCAUAUUCGACGGGGAGGCGUUGAUCAUGCCCAAAGUCAUAAUCAGUGGCUUUCAACCAUCUCACAGUCACCUAAUGUCAUAUCAAUGUCCUUCGUUCCUAUAGCUUCACUUUUGAGUGGUGUCCGCGGUAGUGGGUUUCUGAGCCAUGCAAUUAAUCUGUACCUUCGGUAUAAACCGCCAAUAGAGGAACUCCAUCAAUUUCUAGAAUUUCAAUUACCUCGACAGUGGGCUCCAGUGUAUGGUGAUUUUCCACUUGGUCAUCGGCGCAAGAAACAAGUGUCUCCAUCACUUCAGUUCACUUUUAUGGGCCCAAAGCUUUAUGUUAACACUACAAAGGUUGACUCCAAAAACCGGCCAGUGACUGGCAUCCGCUUAUACUUGGAAGGUAGGAAGAAUGACCACCUGGCUAUACAUCUACAGCACCUGUCGGCUCUUCCACAGAGCCUCCAACUAUCUGACGAUCCUAGUUAUGAGCCAAUUGACGAGCCGGUUGAACGAGGCUACUUUGAACCUGUCAAAUGGAGCAUAUUCUCACACGUCUGCACUGCUCCUGUACAGUACAAUGGAGCACGGAUUGAUGACUCUGCUUCUAUCGUGACAAAGGCCUGGUUUGAGGUCAGGGCUAUGGGUAUGAAGAAAGUGUUGUUCCUGAGGCUUGGAUUUUCGAUGGUGGCAUCUGCAAGCAUCCGUAGGUCAGAGUGGGAUGGACCAACUCACUCAUCUCGGAAAUCAGGAUUAAUGUCAAUGUUGAUCAGCACAACUUUCAGUGUGGGAUUGACUCCAAUUGAGAAGCCAACAAAAGUGGAUCUGAAUUCAGCGGUUUAUCCAGGGGGGCCACCUUUACCAGCAAGAGCACCGAAAAUGUCAUACUUUGUGGAUACAAAGGAAAUGGUUAGGGGUCCGGAGGAUACACCGGGGUAUUGGGUGGUCACUGGUGCAAAGCUCUGUGUAGAGAGUGGCAGGAUCACCAUCAAAGUGAAGUUCUCAUUAUUGACUAUAAUGUUAGAGGACUCCUUGUUGAUGUGAGCAAUCCUAUAGUGAUCAAAUGCCUUCUAUAUUAUUCUUUUUUUGUUUCUUCUCUCUCUACCAGUCUCGGAACCUUGACUCAGGGCUUGGGAGUUAAGACCAAAGCCGCUAGGACAAAGGUAGACCAGUCCUAUAUUAUUCCGAUGUAUAUUUUAUUUUUUUGUGUACAUCGUCUUUGUUUCAGCUUCAAUGCAUGUGAGUUGCUGCAAUUUCAGCCCUGUUCAACAUUCUUCUUAUUUAUUUAUUAUUAUUAAAGAAUAGUCAUCUUUCUCAUA